AUGGCUAGAAAUUUUGAUGAUAUGUUUAAUGAGGCUUUGUAUGGCAAAAGAAGACGGCAAGAUAACACACUCAUAGAUAAUUGGUUCGAUGAGUGUUUACUCGAAGAUUCAGAAGAAGAAAAUAUCGAUAGAAAUGAACCGGUGUAUAAUGCUGACAUUUUUCGACGGAGAUUUCAAAUGAGAAGACAUGUGUUCCUUCGGAUAGUAGACACUCUCCCAAACGUCUAUUCGUAUUUCCAACAGAGGGUUGAUGCAACUGGAAGAAGAGGCUUGUCGCCACUCCAGAAAUGUACCGCUGUGAUAUGGAUGUUAGCAUAUGGCGUAGCAGCUAAUGCUGUUGAUGAUUAUGUGUGCAUAGGCGAGAUCACUACAAUUGAAUGCUUGAAAAAAUUUGUUGAAGGUGUCAUUUCGGUGUUCGAGGAUAAAUACUUGCGAAAAUCCAAUCCAAAUGACAUACAACGCCUGCUACAAAUGGCGGAUGGUCGUGGCUUCCCUAGCAUGUUGGGUAGCAUUGACUGCAUGCAUUGGCAAUGA